AGUAUGGACCUCCUGGGUGGACCGAGUGGUCCCGGGCGAGUCGCAGGUCGGUCAAGCUCAGUCCCCAGGAGUGUGCAAGCAGGGACAGAUCUUUGCCCGGUGUGCCAGGUGAAGAACCCCUGGCUCCAGUCAGCACGGCUCCGCUCCAGGAGCCUGAUAUACCUGGACCUGGUCUACCGCAAGGGUACUCUCUCCUCUCCCGGCCCCAGGCUCCGCUCAGCCUCGCUCCAGUCCCUCAACCUUGACCACCCUCAACAAACAGAACCCCUGUGCCCCCUGCCACAGAGACAGUGCAGAGAUUCGAAGAUACCAUUGAGGGAGCGUUCGCCCUCAGUUGGCCCGGCUACCAGCACUACCACACCCCAGAGAGCCCAGCCUUCCAUCAUCUCUGACCUGCUGCAGCUGCUGCGCUCCAUCCCCAGACCACCAGUGCCAGGUGCCCCUGGAAGCCGCAUCCCCAUACCGCGUAGGAGGCCCAGCGUCGGACAGCCGCUCCCCCCAGGACGCAACCUCACCCCUUGGGCCUGGCACAGACUGAGGGAGGCAGAGUGGAGGUCCCUCCAGGACCUCACUGAGGAGUUUAAUGAUGAUUACAUGCCGCUCAGAGUCGAGGUAGUCCAUUCAGCCCAGACCCUUACUCUGUAGAGAAUCUAAAGGCCCUGGAAAUGUUGCCUGGUUAAACUACUGAAAGCUGUGCUCAUGUGGCAUUUAUACAGAAUUGGAAUCAUAACUUGUUUUGAAUGAUUAAAGAUCAAAAACUAAAUGGGAUUCAAAGCUGUUCUGUGCCCAUGUGCCUUAGUAUUGGACACAAUAAUACAAAUAAUCCCUCUGUUAACGCACUGUCCUUUUGUCAGCCAACUCAUCCCUCUUUGCUGAUGAAUAUUCCAGAAUCUUGUGCCUUACUUUUCCAGGGUUUCACUGAGCAUCAGAGUGAGGUGAGCAGACUGGAGACAGCCCACAGGCAGUUGAGUGAGGAGAUGAACCAGCUCAGAGCAACCAACCAGAACCUCUCCAAGACCCUGGAGGACACCCAGAACAACAACAAGGCGCUGUCUGGUAAACUGGAGGAUACUGAGAACGAGCUCACCUCUGAGAAAAAUAACACGCUGAAACAAGACAAAACCAUCCAGGGACUCACUCUGGUGCUCAAGGAGAAAGAAAAAGAGAUUGAAGAGCUGUACCAUGAGAUUGAGGACAGGGACGAGGUUUUAGUCAAAGCCAGGGAGACGGCGCACAAAGCCCAGCUCCAGAAAUACCAGGGUGUGGAGGAGCACCAGAGCCUUUUGAUGGAGAAGCAGGAGAAGCUGGCCCAGCUCCAAGGGGAGCACCAAACCAAGCUGCUGGAGGCCCAGAAGCUGCAGCGCUCCCUGGGCAGGCAGAAGCAGGAGCUGUCUGACCUGCAGCAGGCCAAGGAGCAGCUGGACCAGGAGCUGGAGGAGUUGCAGCAGCAGAAGAAGAAGGUCGACAAGACCCUCAAUGAGGUGCAGAACCAGCUGCAGAAACUGACCGGGGAGCUGGGCGAGAGGGAGAGCAGCCUGAAGCAGCAGUGCCAGGAGCUGCUGGAGCAGACCAAGAGGAGGCUGCAGGGUCACGAGGUCACCAUCCAGCGCCUCACCACUUGCCUGACCGACAAGGAGCAGCAGCUGCAGGAGUACAUGAACAUAACAAGAGACAUGGAACAGAGCAGAAGUCCCGGGGGAAGCGACACCAUGCUGUCAAAGCUGCGAGAACGACUGAAACAGAAAGAGAAGGCUCUGGAGCAAGCGCUGGAUGAUAAGUUUGCGGCGCUAGAAGAGAAAGACAACGAGAUCCACCAGCUGCACCUGUCACUCAGGGAGAAGUCGAGGGACCUGGAGAGACUCAACAACCUGCUGUCUCACAACGAGGACACCAUCAAUAGUUUUGACACGUUGAUAAAGGAGAAGGACGUGGAGCUACAGCACCUGGUGAACAUGCUGAAAAACCUGCAGCAGGCCAAGCAGGACGUGGAGGACAACCUGAACUGGGCCUGCAGGGAGAAGGACGCCAUCAUUAGCCAGCUGCAGCUCUGCCUGGAGUGCAAGACCAAGGACAUGGAGGAGAUUGCGAAUCCCCUGCUUAGUCAGUCCCAGUCUCAGGCCUGUGACCUUGCAGAGCAGAUGGGUCAGAGGUUAAAGGUGACAGAGGCCAUGCUGGUGGAGGCGGUCAAGGCCCGGGAGAGGCUGGUGGCGAACAACAAGAGCACCGUGGAGGGCCUGCUGUCCACCAUCAGCAGCAACGACCAGCUGCUCAAGGAGUCAGCGGAGCACUAUAACCGCAUACUGUCUGAGCGCACCCAGGAGAUCCAGGAGCUGAAGCGACAGCUGUUUGUCCGGCAGCAGCAGCUGGCCUUCGCAGAGAAACAAAGUUCCGAGGCAACACAGGAGGGUUACCUGGAGGCUGCUGAGCUCAGGGCCCUGCUGACGGAGAAGGACUCCAUCAUCAACAAACUUCUGGAGCGUGGGCAGGAGAGAGACCAGUUCCUGGCUGAGUUAAGGCAGAAGGAGCCUGCACCGCCCCAGGUGAUGGAGAUCAGACAGACCAUUAAAGUGCUGCAGGAGAGGCUGGAGGAGAGGGAAGCGCCGCUCUCCAAGAAGAACAACGAGGACAACAUGGAGAAGGUCCCUCUCACCAAGAAUACUCUGGUCAUCCUGAAGAAGGAGCUAGCUCAGAAGACUGAUGAUCUCAAAAAGGCUCUGAAGAGGGAGAAUGAACUCAAAGUGAACUAAAAGAACACACUAACACCCCUGCUCAUUCAAGGUGUAUCACUUUUUGGGUGUUUUGUUGGCUCGUCAUUCUUAGGCACAGAUCUAGAAUCAGCUUACCCUUCACAAAUCCUAAUAUUUAACCAUUAGAUGGAAAAACACAAAACUGACCUUGAUGUCUUCCUGUGUUCCAGAUGUCCCUGGCUG